AAAAGUGUUGCACAUGCAUUUGUCGAGCAUCCUCUUGGUGCUAUUGUAGAAUAUCCUCAAACUGGCGAUGCUCCUGAUCAGUCAAUUGCACAUAUCUUCAACAUCGAUCCCACAACCUUUCACAGUUCCCAGCACCCCAAGGCAAAUUUUCAAUACUCGUUGGGCAAUGUACAUGGAAGUCGUGAUGUGUCUAAAUGUCUCAUGCUACGAGAUGGUCAAGGACAACCAGUAUCCUGUUCUAACCUCAAGACAUCCUGUAAGUGGCUCAAAAUUUGCUCUGCACGACCACAUGACACAACAAUUCAUCAUUUCACCAAUAUUUUAGAGGUCUCUUCUUUAAUUAUCGCUACCACUACUGCGGCGAAAUCUGUAAAUGAUGCUGAGAAGGAGGUUUUUCAGAAGACUUUUGCUUUUUUCAUUGCUCUUAACCAACAUGGGUGCACAUUUGAUGCUGAGCUCAACUCUGACACGUCCGAGAAUGGUGAUGUGACAGAUAUCACUGAUAAUAGUGUUGAUGAUACUGAACAUGGCCUCACACCUGAUCACCGUGCUCAUUUACUUAUCUGGAACAUUCAAGAGUGCGACACUCAGUAUCUUCGAGCCUUACUUGAAGAUGACAGGCAUACCAUCUUGGAACGUGAAGAUCUUGCCAAAUCUCGAGGAUAUGGGCCCCUUAUUCCGUGUAACUAUGUGACAAGUCCUUCAUCACAAAGGCAGCUUUACGGAAAACUUAAGCAGGGUGUGCUCCAAAAAUGGGGGCAUAAUUGUAGUGCCAAGUACGACAUUUUCACUCCACAUGACCUACAUGCAUGUCCACGUAUCCUCGUUGUCUGUCGAAACCCCCAUUCACACCCACCACCUGCACCUGUCAAGACUCCACCAGGACUUGUCAAUUUAUUUUACGGAUUGUUAGCGCUAAUGAAAUGGAAACUUGCUGAUGCAACACCAUGUCGAAUUUUCCUGGACACUGCUUUCAUAGAAGGGCUUCAUGAUGCCCUUGCAUGGGACUCAACACUGCAUGGUAGAGAUGCAACACUCCAGGAUCUUCAUCCAUCCUUGGCCAACUUAGACCAUGUUCGACGUCUCAUCACAACAUUUCGGAAUGAAAAGUACCCAAGUGGUACAGGCUUUGAAGGUGCUCAUUUGCUUGCAAAUGAACAUGCAAGUCUCCCUCCCAAACAAUGUUAUGUUCAUUGUGCUGAGGUGCACCCCAUUGAGCGCGGAAAAGAGCUCAAACUGGUCAUAUGUAUGACAACGAAGAUGUCACAACACCUCUUACAAGCAAAACACUUAUCUAUAGAUACAUCAUUCAAACGUGCACAAGGCUGGCAGGAAUUUGAAAUUGAAUCAUGGGAUGUUGACCAUAUGAGAUCUGUUGUUGGUGCUCGAGCUUUCACGACGUCACAAACUGCAAAAGCCCAUGUUAUUCUUUUCCAGCGCAUCUUCGAGAUCGCAAGUACUAAUACAGGCUUGCCUAUCAUGUUCCACCAUAUUCAUGGCACUGGCUUCAAGACUAUCAUUGCUGACAGUCACAAAGGGCAAGGUCUUGGCCUUGGGAUGUACUGUGUGCAACUAUGUCAUUCAGUCACUGCACAGUGUAUCUAUGAACCACAUUGCCGCAUCUGUGAUCUCAACCCAUAUGAUCAUUUACAGCAUUUUUUCAUAUUUGUGUUGCGCACUACAAGAGAAAUGUCCUCUCGCUGUGCACCCACAUGUCACAGGAUGUUUUUUCUGCAAUGUUAA